UUCGGUUUUGGUUGGUUUCUGAUUUGUGAUGGAGAUCAUCUCUGAAUUAUGAUUUUUCUGAAACAGAUAAAUUCUUCUUCCUCCAUGCUUUCUUUCAAAGGGAGUCCAUACUGGAUGGCACCCGAGGUUGUAAUGAAUACAAAUGGCUAUAGUCUUCCUAUUGAUAUAUGGAGUUUGGGAUGCACAAUUCUUGAAAUGGCAACAUCAAAGCCUCCUUGGAAUCAGUAUGAAGGGGUAGCUGCAAUAUUUAAAAUUGGUAACAGCAGAGAUAUGCCUGAAAUUCUGGAUCACCUCUUAAGUGAGGCAAAGAAUUUCAUUCAGCUAUGCUUACAAAGAGAUCCAUUAGCCCGCCCAACAGCCGAGAAGUUAAUAGAGCAUCCCUUUAUUCGAGAUCAGUCAGCAAGAAAAGCUACAAAUGUCAGAAUAACCAGGGAUGCUUUCCCCUACAUGUUUGAUGGAAGUCGGACGCCUCCGGUAUAGUCCUCAAUGCUUAUUUAUUUUCUUUUUGAAAUUAUGUUCCUUUCGCCUCUUACAUUCUAGUUCCUACAUAUUUUGAUGUAAUCAGUAUAAAGAGG